AGGAAUGGCCACCAUCUGCAACAUGGGAGCAGAGAUCGGAGCCACGACCUCAGUGUUCCCCUACAACCACCGCAUGAAGACGUACCUGGAGAAGACCGGACGGGGGGAUAUCGCUGCUGUGGCCGAUCAAUACGCCGACCUGUUGGUUCCUGAUGAAGGCUGCGAGUACGACGAGCUCAUCGAGCUCAAUCUGGACGAGCUGAAGCCCCACAUCAACGGGCCCUUCACCCCCGACCUGGCUCACCCUGUGUCUGAAAUCGGAGCAGCGGCUGAGAAGCACGGCUGGCCAAUGGAGGUUAAAGUUGGUCUGAUUGGCAGCUGUACCAACUCCAGCUACGAAGACAUGGGCCGCGCCGCCUCUGUGGCCAAGCAGGCCUUGGAUAAAGGUCUGAAGUGCAAAGCUAUUUUCACCGUCACCCCCGGCUCCGAGCAGAUCCGUGCCACCAUCGAAAGAGACGGAUAUUCAAAGAUCCUGGGAGAUGUUGGAGGUGUUGUCCUCGCCAACGCAUGCGGACCCUGCAUUGGACAGUGGGACCGGUAG